AGCUGCACGUAAGGGGAUUAGAGAGGAAUUAACGUCAUUCUUUUGUCAUUAUAGAAAUAAAUUGAUAUUUGGUUUUAAUCAGAGGGAGGUUGGACAACCAGACAGGAUUUUCGGAAGGGUGGGGUGACACAACUGUGACAAACACAGUAUGCACGCAAACACAGUGUUGUCCGAAGUCACGAAUCAUGUCGUUGGGUUUUUAAAUAUUUCAGCCCUGUGCGGAUCUAAAGGUCAUUCUGAAAUUUAAAGGGAAUGGGAAUCACUUUGAGGCGGAAGGGAUGCUCGGUAUGGUGCUCUGUACCGGACUGAUCCUGUCUCGGAGCCUUUGUGACCGGGGAGCAUCUCUUUAUUUCUCCCCAUUUAAGAUCUUGGAGCUCAGGCCUCGGUCAUGAACUUGGUUCUCCCGGCACUGAGGCUGAUGUGCCUAGCCUGGCUGUGGCCCGUCACCCUGCUUAAGGGAACCAACACUCCAAACCACCGCAGACACAAGGACGUCUACUUGGGGGAAAAUGCACGACACAAGCAUGGAAGCCGAAUAGAUUUUAAAACAAAGAAGUCAGACAGUACCAAAUCUCUACUGAUUAAGUCUGAGCAGCUCCUUCGUAUCGAGGAUCAUGACUUCGCCAUGAGACCUGGUUUUGGAGGCUCGGCUAUCCCAGUGGGCAUUGAUGUGCAGGUAGAGAGUAUCGACAGCAUUUCAGAGGUUAAUAUGGACUUCACGAUGACCUUGUAUCUUAGACAUUACUGGCAGGACGACAGACUGGCCUUCCCCUCCAGCAGCAACAAAAGCCGAACGUUUGAUGCUCGACUUGUAAAAAAGAUCUGGGUGCCUGACGUCUUUUUCGUUCACUCCAAGCGUUCUUUCAUUCAUGACACCACUAUGGAAAACAUCAUGCUCAGAGUCUAUCCAGACGGGAACAUUCUUUACAGUGUCAGAAUCACAGUGACGGCUCUUUGCUCGAUGGACUUCAGCAGGUUUCCUCUAGACACACAGAACUGCUCUCUAGAGCUGGAGAGUUAUGCGUACAAUGAGAAUGACCUCAUGCUCUAUUGGAAGAAUGGGAACGAUUCAUUAAGGACUGAUGAGAUUGCUCUCUCACAGUUUUUUAUUGAAGAAUUCCACCCUUCCUACGGGCUUGCCUUCUACAGCAGCACCGGCUGGUAUAACAGGCUGUACAUAAACUUCAUCCUCAGGAGACACAUUUUCUUCUUCAUGCUCCAGACGUAUUUUCCCACAAUGCUUAUGGUCAUGCUCUCUUGGGUUUCUUUCUGGAUUGACAGGAGAGCCGUACCUGCUCGCGUCUCUCUGGGAAUCACGACUGUGUUGACUAUGUCUACAAUAAUAACAGGCGUCUCAGCAUCUAUGCCUCAGGUGUCUUAUGUCAAAGCGGUGGACAUUUACCUCUGGGCCAGCUUCCUCUUUGUUUUCCUGUCAGUCAUCGAGUACGCUGCGGUAAACUACUUCACCACGGUGGAAGAGAUGAAAAAGAUGAAGAAAGGAAAGCUCCCAGUUUCCUACGACGCAACCCAGGCUAUGGCAUACGAUGGCUGUUUUCAUGAUGAUAUCGAUGUUUCACCUUUCCCUGAAUUUCCGACCACACCCAGUACGACGCGCACAAUCCCGCCCACAGCCUCCUCUACUGAGCCGCCGCCCACUGAGGGUACCAGACUCUGGAGGAGAAAACGUUCAGUCGGCAAAAACAUCAAAUUCAUCAUGAGCAACAGCUACAUGAUCGACUCGUACUCACGAAUCCUUUUUCCAGUUGCAUAUCUUCUCUUCAACAUCAUAUACUGGUGUAUCUACUCCUGAUUGGUUUUCCUGAUCAUUUAUUGUAGACUAAUAGGAUAUGUCUAUUAACUACUAAACUUUGGGACUGUGACUAUCAAACACUUAGGCUCGGGUAAUAAGCACAAGUGACAUCAUGAAGUGAACAAUGCUGAUGUUCUGUCAGAGCGAUUCAUGAAACUGAAAAAAAGUGGAUGUCAUCAUUCUUCUGAAGAGGUUGAAUUCUUCAUAGGAUUUAAAGGAAUGUCGUUGAAGGAAAGCAUGAAGUACUUUUAGGAUCAGACUUUGCUUGCCACUCUUCAUGUGAUGGUUAUUACGUUAUCCAUACCAUACAUCUUUAGGUCAGUGAGCUGAAACUAAACUUACACCAUAAAAGCAGAAAAACUGGCAAUUUAUACAGGAUAACCAACCAAUCACUUUCUUCCCAUACAUUUAUGCAUGUGUUUGUUAGUUUGCAUAAAAUACAAGAUUUCAGUCAAAAAAUAAAUCUAUUGAAAUUGA